GCGCGUCCAAAUCAACUCAACCGAGGGGACGCCAGAAUGGGAGAUAGUUUCCACGAGCAGCUGACUGAGGACAGCUCCUUCCUGAAAGCUGAGCAGAGACUGGACACGGAGCUGGUGGACAAACUCAUCCUACAGCUCAACAGAAUCCACCCUCAGAUCCUCACAGACAAAGAGGCCACCAAGUUCAGAAAUUUGGACGUACCGACGAGCGUCCGCCUCGGCGAGCUCCUGACCCACCUGCAGGGGAAAGGUGAGGAAGCCUGCAGGGAAUUUUACCGAGCUCUUCAUCUUCAUGUGGAGGAGGUGUACUACAGCCUGCCCACACGGCUCCGCCUCAGAAAUGCCUUGGAUCCACUCAUGCUAUCUCAUGCUUAUAAGCAGAAAUAUGAUUUAAAUGAAAGAGGCCCCUUCUUCUUCCUGGGCUGUUUCAGCUUGGCCCUGGGAAUGGCUUUUCUUUAUUACUACAGCGAAUCUAAAGUGUCUGGAGGCAGCCGGGCCCUUGGGAUGGCAGCUCUUGGCUUGAAAAAAAAAGCUCAGGAGGUUCUUGUUUGGUACUCGGAAGAAGGCCUCAUGAAGUAAUGGGUGACUCCUUCACAGUUGGUGCUUCAGAAUUACUGAUACUGUUAAGGCAUUCUGUAUCUUCUCAAGUACUCACAAUAGAUUUUGCUCAUAGUGUAAAAUAUGCACAGUGCAGCUUUUAUUUUGCAUUUAGCUUGAAAUGAGAGAGUCACAAUUUUGGCACUUGUGCUCAUUUAUUUUAUUCUCAUGUUUUGUUGAACGGGUUAACGGGAGAAAAUAGUUUUGAGGCAGGAGUAAGUUUUGCACAACCUCUAACUGUGUAAAUAUUUGUAUACAAAAACAUUUAGUAAGAAAGCUCUAUUUGUGUUGUAUUGGGUAAAUAAGCCAAGUGUCUUGAACACCCAAAUGAGGGGAAGAAAACAAAGCAGUCACAAUAAGUCCCAAAAUAAUCAGUGCAUUUAUCUGUUGUUGCUAGAAUUAUUUUUAUUUAAUGUGUUGUGCUAACACUAAUUAAUAUUGUUUAUAUAAGACACUGAAAAUAAAGUUAUGAAGCUCAGCUGUAUAUUUUAAAGCCUGGACCUSCAGGUUAUAAACCUGAUUUUGUACAAUGAGCACCAUCUUCUGGACAAAAGACAAACUAUAUAAAUAUUUUUAAGCGUUUUAAUAAAUUCUGCAGCUCAUAUUUAAAGGAGGAACAAAGGAAAGUAAAACUCAGAUUAAUUAUCAGUACAAACCUAAACGAUAUUUUGUGUGAAAAGCUAAAUUUAAACGUUUUGAGUGGUUUUAGAUAUCACGUGAUACUUUUUAACUAAUGAAAUGCCGUUUUCGGGUCGCAGUGCAUUGUGGGUGUGGAUGUUUACAAGUAAAAAAGUACAAAUAAUUUAAUAAAAGGUGAAAUAACAUACGUUUCGGGUGAGCCGACGAACUUAAACUAAAAUAAACAAAAUUACUAUUUUUUUUAAAUCGUAAAUAAUGUAUAAUCUGAACCAGGACUGAGACCGAUCGGCGUAUUUGGGUCUUUAUAUACCGGAUAUCUGGGCAGUCGGUGUGUGUUGUAUGAAAGGAGAGAAGGUUAGCACUCCCCUUGACAAGGAUGGAAUUGGUCCCUGAGGCCAGCAACACACAUACGGUUAAGGCACUGCCACCUACUUCYUGGCAUCUCUAACCAAAUUUUUUAAAUACCUAAAACCUUUCUUGAAGACGCCUUCUCUGACGUUGUGAGUGUCUCAAACCAUGCUUCCUGUUUUCAGCGUGUUGCUAAAAAAAAAAAAAAAAAAAAAAAAAAAAACGGAAACAUGCCUCCUCAUGUUUCCUUGCCUUUGUUUCCUCUUGGCAGGAUGGAACAUUUUUAUUUUUCCUGCUGGCCUGAAUUCACUUGUGAUAGUAAAACUCACAGGAUUUCUGGAGUAUAUAUACUUACAUCUGAGGUACAGAAGCCUGUUUUUUUUUUUUUAACAUAGAUUGUAUAUUUUUAUGCCAAUUAGUGAUAAACAUUGUAUUCUGAACUAGAUAUAAGCUGUAGCUUUUGGCUAAAACCAAAUGUGCCUCUUAAAAAAAGAUUUUGCGACAUCUAUUUUACUUAAAGUUUGUAAGUAAAUAAUUUGCAUUGAAUUAAAUUUGGAUAAUAUUUAAGUAGUUUGUAAACAACUUUAUAGAGUGGAUGGCUUCAAAAUGAAGUGCAAUUUUUAAGUUACACAACGCUUUUAUUUUCUUGUUCCUGUCUCUUUUUUAUUAUUAUAUUCUAAAGGUGGAAUGAUGAAUUUUUGUUUUUGGUAAUACAACAAUUGGGUUUGUCAUGCUUUGUUGUGAGCUUUGUUCUUUAGAAAUAUCCUACAAGUGCCAAGUUCUUUAGUUUUUGAAAAUUAAAAUAAAAAACAUGGGUGACAA